UAUGUCAAAUGUAUCAUAUUCAUACUCUAACAUCACUGUGGGAUUGCAGUAUCAGGGUGUAUUGGAAUUAGUGAUACUUUCUUGUCUGACUACAGUUCCAGCCUGUGUUUCUCUYCUCAUUAAUGGUAUCAUGAURUUCACHCUGAGGAGUAAACCUGUGUUUCGUGACACCUGUCGUUAUGUUCUUCUGUAUAAUCUUCUUGUUGCAGACACUGCUCUGCUGGCAAUGGGCCAGAUUCUUUACCUACUUGCUAUCUGUAGAGUCAGAUUAACAUAUCCUGUAUGUGGUUUACUAACAAUGUUUGCUAAYCUCACAUCUAAUAUUUCUCCUCUCACACUUGUGGUGAUGUCCUUGGAGAGAUAUGUAGCUGUGUGCUACCCUCUGAGGCACGCUUCCAUCAUCACCAUCAGAAACACAACACUGGCCAUCAUUGCAAGUUGGACUGUCAGUUCACUAAAUAUAAUCACCCGGGGUCUUUUUUUGUUACAGUUUCAAUUAGAAAAACUAGAAACUUUACUCAUGAAAGACUAUUGCUAUGAUAUUAACUGGUUUCCAGAUUCUCUACGUGAAAGAUAUGAUAAAGUCUACACUUGUUUAGUGUCUAUUUCAGCCGGUCUGGCAGUAAUUUCCUCCUACACUGGAGUUGUACUAGCAGCUAGAUCAGCUUCUACAGACAAAGUAUCGGCCCUUAAAGCCCGUAAGACACUGCUGUUGCAUCUGGUGCAGCUGGGUCUAAGUCUGUCCUCCGCCAUUUACUACCCUUUGCUUAUUGCUCUUGCCACAUAUGUAACAAGGAUAGUUUUUGUGUGGGUCCAGGAUAUUUUCUAUGUUACCAUAUUCAUCUUACCCAGAUGUCUGACUUCACUCAUUUAUGGUCUCAGAGAUCAGACUAUCAGACCUGUUCUACUGUAUCAUCUAUGUGGUCGACUGAAAAUCUCAGUUAAACCAGGUCCAUGCUGA